AUGAAAUCAUUGUUAGUUCUCGCUAGUCUUAUUGCUCUGGCCUACGGUCGACCGGCAGUUCGAACCACGGCCGAUAACUAUCAUGCCAACUUUGGUAUCCAAGAAGCUCUAAGAAUUAGACAUAUUGAGGAAGCAUUAGAUUUCGAUGGUGCCAGGAUUAUUGGGGGCAGUGAUUCAAGAUUAGGAGAAAACCCGCACUUGGGUGGACUAAUCAUCACCUUAACCAGUGGAUGGGAAUCAGUAUGCGGAUCAUCUCUCUUAACGAACACUAAGGCUGUCACUGCAGCUCACUGCUGGUGGGAUGGAUACAAUCAAGCCAGUCGUUUCACCGUUGUUUUAGGAUCUGUGCGUUUAUUCUCUGGUGGUGUUCGAAUUACCACUGCUAACGUUGUUCUGCAUCCGCAGUGGAACCCUCGUACAGUGACCAACGAUGUUGCCGUCAUUACAAUUAACCACGUUAAUUACAAUAACAAUAUUCGCCCCAUCUCAAUGGCUACUGGCAACAAUAACUUCGUUGGGACCGUUGCAGUCGCUGUCGGCUAUGGCUUCACCUCUGACUCUCAAAAUGGCAUUCCCAACAAUUCUGUUCAGAAAAGAGUUAAUCUCAGAGUGAUUACCAACGCUGAAUGUGAGGAAACAUACGGAUACGUCGAAGACACUCUUCUCUGUGUUGAUACCGAAGGAGGAAGAGUCAGUACCUGCGCCGGAGACUCUGGUGGUCCUCUUACUGUGGGCGGUAGAUUGAUUGGUAUUACAUCUUUCGGUCAUGCAGCCGGCUGUGAAAGUGGAUACCCUGCUGCAUUUUCAAGAGUAACUUCAUACCAAUCGUGGAUAUCAAGCCGACUGUAA